CAACAACAACAACAACAACAACAACAACAACAACAACAACAACAACAACAACAACAACAACAACAACAACAACAACAACAACAACAACAACAACAACAACAACAACAACAACAACAACAACAACAACAACAACAACAACAACAACAACAACAACAACAACAACAACAACAACAACAACAACAACAACAACAACAACAACAACAACAACAACAACAACAACAACAACAACAACAACAACAACAACAACAACAACAACAACAACAACAACAACAACAACAACAACAACAGCAACAACAACAACAACAACAACAACAACAACAACAACAACAACAACAACAACAACAACAACAACAACAAAGUUAG